GGGUAUGAGGAUAUUUAAAAAGUUUAUUAGGGGAGAGAGAACACUGAGGAAGGUAUGAUUGUGAUCCCUUCUCUCUAAUUCUUUCCUCUGCAGUCUUUGACGUUUCCUUUGUAGUUUUCUUUGUGCAUCUGGUCUCUGUAAUUUUUGCUACCUUGUCAGUAGCCAUCACUCCCACUGUAAGAAACUCUUGAGAAACAAUGCAUAUUACAGAGCAUACCGUUUAUUUAUUCUAUUUCUGAUCUCCCCUGUUUUGAAUCCACACCCAUUACAGUUGCAAACUCGCAUAGCAAAGGUAUAGUGUUUGUUUGAAGGAUGGUGAGAAUGUUGGUAGCAGUAGCAGUGGUGUUGUUGAUUGUAGGAGGCUGUGUGGAGGGAAAGCCUCAUCGGAUUCUGGUGGAUACAGAUGUAGACACCGACGAUUUCUUUGCUCUUCUCUACCUUUUGAAACUCAACACAUCACAGUUUAAAUUGGAGGCAAUUACCAUUAGUGCAAAUGCUUGGACCAGUGCUGGACAUGGUGUUAAUCAAAUUUAUGAUUUGCUAUACAUGAUGGAUCGAGAUGAUGUUGCAGUUGGAGUUGGCGGUGAGGGUGGAAUACUCCCAAAUGGUACCAUACUCCCUAACGUUGGUGGAUAUCUUCCCAUCAUAGAACAGGGAAUGACAACAGUUGGAGAUUGCAGGUACAGGCGAGCCAUUCCUAUUGCUGUUGGAGGGCGUUUGGACAAUGAUGCCAAUUAUGGUAUCAGGAAAGCUUUCCUACCACAGGGAAGAAGGAAAUACAGUCCAAUGCAACAAGCAAGCGCACAGGAAGUGUUGAUUGAAAAAAUAUCUUCUGGUCCGAUAACAGUGCUUGUGAUUGGAGCACACACGAACAUUGGAAUCUUUCUAAUGAAUAACCCACAUCUGAAGAAAAAUGUGGAGCGUAUCUAUAUAAUGGGUGGGGGCGUAAGGUCAAGCAAUCCAACAGGUUGUUGCCCUAAGAAUGCUUCAUCUUCCUGCGUGCCUCGCCAGUGCGGUGAUCGGGGGAACAUAUUCACAGACUAUAAUACUAACCCUUUUGCAGAAUUCAAUAUAUUUGGAGAUCCUUUUGCAGCAUACCAGGUGAUUCAUUCUGGAAUUCCUGUCACUCUUGUUCCUCUGGAUGCAACAAACACAAUCCCUAUC